AUGGCCAGCAGAAAAGAUAAAGGAAAAGCACUAGCCAGUCCAUCACAGUCAUUCCAGUCGUUCAGAGUCCUCCCUCCAUCCAUGAACCCACUCAAAUCAGAGUCGCCUUCUCAAAUCGUCCCCUUCCCGGGAUGCUCACCAAUCCAAGUCAGCAAUCGUUUCUCUAGUCUAGGGACCACAGUAGGUCAAGUCCGCCCCAAUUACCAGUCUGCCUUAGUUUCCAGUUAUUAUCCUUUCCAGAUCAAAACCCAAGUUGCCCAGUCGCCAAUUCCACUUCAAAAGAUACUCCUUAUUUCCCAAAAGAUACUACCCAUCUUUUCAUAA